GGUUCAGAGCGUUAAAGUAAACACGGAGAGAUGGCUGACAUGUCGGCUGCGGUUCGACGGUGAAAAUCGGCAUCAGCGGCGCUGCAGCAGAGCAGCACAGGCCCGAUAAACGUACUCAGUCGUUGCUGAGUACAUCCAAGCUCAGGUGGAUUCUUGCUGGUGAGAAAUGGCUGAAGGAGGCUUCGACCCGUGUGAGUGCAUCUGCACUCAGGAGUAUGCUAUGAGGCGCCUCAUCAACCUGCUCAGGCAAUCCCAGUCGUACUGUACUGACAUCGAGUGUCCUCAGGAGCUGCCCGGACCCAGCGGGUCAGUGGGUGGAGGAGGUGACCUGACCCUGCCCAUGGUCUUGAUGGGGUGGGUGGUGGUGGCUCUGGUCUUGUUUUUGCUGCGCCCAUCCAGCCUCAGAGGAGCCCGUGCUUCUGGCAAGCCCUCUGGACCUCACAAUAGUGAAAGAAGGGAGCCCCCAGCACCACCAGUGGACUAACACUGAGUCAGACCACCAGGAAAUCAUCCAUCUGCUCAGACUGAGCAUGCUCAGUUGGCUACUACUGUGAGCAGGACAACAUCAUCUUCCUGUCGGCCUUAAAUCACAUAUCUUUUUCUUUUCAUUACCUGGUUACAGUUUUGUUCUUUGACCAAUGUUACUACAACCGGCCUGACACGGAAUCAGUAAAUUGUUGAUGUGAUCAUGUUCUAUAGAGGCUAAAGAUAAUUUUUGCACACAUAUAUUAGAAAAAUAUAAACGGUAUAAUUGGUUAUUCUAAUCUUUCUUUGGCUUUUCUCUUUUUUUUAUAUAGAUAUAUAUUUUGUUAUGAUUGAAAUCUACAUUCACCAUUGCAUUAUGAUUCAAGUUCAUAAUCAGCAGUCUGUCACUAACUGUAAGUAAUCCAGAAAACUGACCCUUUAAGGAUAUUCCAGCUUAAGUACCACUUAUGUUCUUUUAUAACUCAGGAUCCUAAUUAUCAGCAUAUUGCUUUUUCACAAAGUCUUAAAUCAGGAUGUGUGUUUGAGGUUGAAGUUGGUCCCAUCUCAGCCGUGGUGUUAACACACCAUUAGAGCUGGGACAUUUACUCUGAAUGAAGGAAUGUGCUGCCUGAUUAGGGUGGAGAUGCUGGAAAUCCCUCAUUAGGUGGUUUUCAUUACUGUUUCCAGUCUUGCUCAGACAGGAGUAGUGGGGAUUUUCUUGAUCGCUCCAAGACAUUCAGUAGGGUUUAAAAUUCUUACUUUACGCUGUGCUAGUAAAGAUAUAUCAGGAGUUUGUCUUUUAUACAAUGAAAGACUUCCCUGAAAUAAAUUGAAUAGCUCAAAUCUUAAAUCAGGAUUUUCUUUUUGGAGUGUUUUCUAAGUUGUGAAUUAAUCUUGUUUUUGUUUACAGCAAACCACUUUAGAUCAGAUUCUUAAACUGUACCAACAAAUCAGUCAGGGUAUACUUCUUUUUCAGAAGUGUAAUAAUCCAAAGGCUGACUAAAUAUGUAUGAUUAAGUGGUGCCAAUGCUGGUUAUAGUUCUGAAAUUAAUUUUAAGCACUUUUUACAAACUAUUUUCCAAUACAAAGCUAUUUGAUUAAAUGGAUGCAGUGAACGCUCUGCAUGCUUUUUUUUUUUUUUUGGUUGGCAUUUGAGUUAUUGGGAACAAUAUUUAGUGAAGAAGUAGUCUAUUUUUCUUAAAUAUUUUUUUUUUUUCCUGUUUUACAUAACGACACAUUCAAACACAAUCAGCUCACAGCCACUACCUAAACCUGCUGCUGUUUUCUUAAGCUUUAUCAGAGUUCGUGAACAUCUUUCUUAUCUGGGCUUUGGGAUUCUGAGACUCUUGCAUUAGCUGUAGUAGGAUUGAAGGGUGUUCAGCUGGAAUGCCUUUGGACACGUGGCUCCUUUAUUUCAAUACCAGCAAAUUUCUUUCUUUGUUCUGUAGCUUUCCAGAGUAGCUGUCAGGAUGGCCAGGAAGAGCUUUAACAUUAGGUUGUAAUAUACAGGAAAGGAUAGAAGAUGGGUUGCGUCUCUGACUAUUGUUUAUCAUAUGACACCUCAAAUAAUAAUGUUUAAUAAUAAAUAGACUAUAAGGGCUUGAACUAUGCACUUUUCUUACAAUAAACAAUCAAUACUUAAAUCUGAA